AUCCCCACUUGGGUGACUCAGGGCCCCACAGAGGACACAGCAGUCUGUGUGCAUUGUCAGAAUAACAGCCUUGGGGACAAGUGUGAAGGCUGCCUGCCCGGAUACUUCCUCCUGGACAAACGCUGCACCAAAUGUCAGUGUAAUGGACAUGCGGAUACUUGCAAUGAACUUGAUGGCACAAAUUGUCCUUGUAGUAACAACACAGAGACCCAAAAUUGUCAGAACAGUCCCCAGAGUGACAAGAAGGAGUGCUACAAAUACCAGUGUGCGAAAUGCAAGGACUCUUUCCAUGGUAAUCCAGUGAACGGCCGUCAGUGUUACAGACUCAUGACAGUUGAACAAGAAUACUGCUUUGACCCAACAUCGCAGAAUAACUGCUUUCAUGAACCCAACAUCCAAAACUUACCCUAUGGUCGAAGUGUCUUUUUUGGAGUCCAGCCCAAGUUCACCAACGUGGAUAUUAGAGUCACUGUCGACGUGACUUUUGGCUCUGUAGAUGUGUUUGUGUCCACCUCCCCAGAUAGCUUUGCCGUUGAUGUUGACCCAUUAACAGGUGUCCAUUCUGUCAGAGUUUACAGAUUAUCAGAUAAUGAUGUUCCUGGAGGUCCAGAGCCACUAACUGUUGCAUCAGUCAAUAGUAGUCGAUUACAUACUGUUAACAGGUCGAGUUGGCUUCGUGAGGAACGUCCAAAAGGACUGAUUACCUACAUUACAGUUCGCAAUCAGCAGACGGUACUGAUAGUUCGGGGUGUCAAAGACCGUGUGGUCAUUACGUACCCUCAUGAGCUCCACACGUUGAAAAACAGUCGUUUUUACCUUCUGCUUUUAGGUAAUUCAACGACAGGAUUUGGAGAAUCACAAGGACUGCUUUUCUUCCGUCAAGACCAAGCGCAUAUAGACCUCUUUGUCUUCUUCUCUGUGUUCUUCAGCUGCUUUUUCCUAUUCCUGUCUGCAUGUGUCCUGCUCUGGAAAGUAAAACAGUGGCUCGAUGUAAGGAGGGAGCAAAGACGGCACCUGCAGGAGAUGAGCAAAAUGGCAAGCAGGCCAUUUGCCAAAUUGACAGUCUACUUCCACCCGGACGUCGAGAUGGUUGGAUGUCACCCUGGAGGACCAGUCUUACCCUCGCUUCAACAUCACCACCAUCAUCAUCACCACCAUCACCGCUCCAAACCAAGAGUGAAGUCCUACGACCCAUCGACCCCCCAACCUCCCUCGUUACGUCACUCUGAUCCAUUCUUGUCUCAGCUAUUAGGGUAUACCUAUUGCAACUUUAGAGUUGGACCGAUAACAUUAGAACCCACAGAUGAUGGUAUGGCUGGUGUUGUCACUUUACUGUUGCAGCUUCCUGGAGGAGCCCAGGCCCCUAACAGAGCCUGCUUGGGAUCAGCACUUGUAACUUUACGCCACAACCUACAGGAAUACUGCGGCCCCAGCCAUGUGGUCAGCAGUUCCCGUAAGGGACUUCUCAGCCAUGAAAACCUCACUAGCAUGUCCCUUUAA